UCUCUCCCUCUCUCUAGUCGCUUUGAGCUAGACAUCCAAUCUUCAACGUUGUUUGUACAUUUUCAGCUUUACAUAUUCGUGACCGUUUGCCACCUCUUGAUGGACCUACCGUUAAGAGCAUUUGUGUGUGAAUGAUCAAUGAGAUUUGUUCAGUAUUGAGGUAUAUAACGAGUGAGCUCGCUCAAAGCAACUUAUUUGCGUAUGUGCCGGCCGACAUCAUUCAUAAAAUUCUAUUAUAUGCUAUCCUUACCGAUUUCAAUUUUACUCAGAACGAAACUUGAACGUCUAAAAUGUUCAAUCAAAGCGGAGCGCUUGGAGGUGGCGGAACAACCGUUAAUCCUAUGAAAGAUUUCGAGGUUUCUUCACCACCUGAUGACUCCGUUUCAAGUUUAGCAUUUAGUCCAGCAACAAUCUCGCAAAAUUUCCUUGUUGCUGGUUCUUGGGACUGUAAUGUUCGAUGCUGGGAAGUAGAACAAUCUGGAAAAACUGUACCAAAAUCUAUGCAAACUAUGGCUGGACCUGUCCUUGAUGUUUGCUGGAGUGAUGAUGGCACAAAAGUAUUCAUGGCUGCUUGUGACAAAAUGGCAAAAUGUUGGGACUUGGGAUCCAAUCAAUGUAUUCAAGUUGCUGCCCACGAUGCUCCAAUCAAAACUUGUCACUGGAUCAAAGGUUCCAAUUACAGCUGUCUUAUGACUGGGUCUUGGGACAAAACUCUCAAAUUCUGGGAUACCCGAAGCUCAAAACCAAUGACGACCAUCAAUCUACCAGAGCGAUGUUAUUGUGCAGAUGUGGACUACCCAAUGGCUGUUGUUGGGACUGCUGGACGAGGACUGAUCGUUUACCAACUGGAAGGGGGGCCACACGAAUAUAAACGGAUUGAGUCCCCGUUGAAGUACCAGCAUCGUUGCCUGGCUAUAUUCAGAGAUAAAAAAAAAGUACCCACGGGCUAUGCCCUCGGUAGCGUUGAGGGUCGUGUUGCUAUUCAGUAUGUUAAUCCUGCAAAUCCAAAAGACAAUUUCACUUUCAAGUGCCACAGAUCCAAUGGGGCGCCCAGCGGUUAUCAAGAUAUUUAUGCGGUGAACGAUAUAGCAUUCCAUCCGGUUCAUGGCACAUUAGCAACAGUUGGCAGUGACGGGACUUUCAGUUUUUGGGACAAAGAUGCAAGAACUAAACUGAAGCCUUCUGAACCAAUGGAACAAGCAAUUACUCGUUGUUGCUUCAAUCACAAUGGCCAAAUUUUCGCUUAUGCCGUCUCUUACGAUUGGGCUAAGGGUCACGAGUUCCAUAAUCCAAUGAAAAAGAAUCACAUCUUCUUAAGAUCCUGUUACGACGAACUUAAGCCCAGGAAUCCUUCUUGAUAGAUGUAAUACAAUGUUCAAUAUAUUUACAUCAUGUCAACGCACUAUUAUUCCAUGCAUUUACCUUAUAAUGAAUAUUAAAAAUAGGUUCUAUACAUAUGUUUUGCUACCAAUGUUAUUUCAUAACAGACGUUUUCCAAAAAGGUAUUACACAUUCUAAAAACUGUACUUGCGGCGAUCGUUCCACUUGGGAGAAAAAUCGAAACGAGCCGAGGGCGCUACCUCAUUUAAGGUGGUUUGGAAACGCGUCAUUUCAUAUGGUUCUAAUUGUGAAUACUACGGCCAUCAAAAUUGAAUAUUAUUAGAGAAAUAAAUUUUUUACUCAUA